AUGCAGGUGUCGCUCCUAGCCCUCACCGAGACCAACGCGGCGGAACAGCUGCAAAACGUCAAGUCGUGUCUGCAUACCCUCCAGGGCAUGGAGCAGAUCCUGUGGACCAAGCAUGCCCUGACCGAGGUCCUGGCGCAGCUGGACGAGCACGGCAUCUGGGACGGAGACCACCACGGGCUCUAUUCGGCGAGCUUGGGCACGCCAAGCCUGAUGUUCCUGGAUAUCGUCCCCAAUAGCGAAUUUGCCGUAGAUUCGGGAACCUACCUCUCGGGACUGGGAGGGAGAUGA